UACCGAUUAGACACACUACCUGAGCUUUGUGACUGAGUUCGAUAAGAUGUCCUACAUUUACUUCAGAUGAAAAAUACUGUUUAGUCUUGUUAUGUACGAGGUCAUAAUCCAGAUCGCAUCAAACUAAGAAUAAUCCGUUUACAUAAAAGCCACCAGUUUUACCAGUUGACCAGUACGAGACUUCAGAAGUGAAUUUCUACACAUAGCUAUGGCAGAGAACCAAUUUACCGAGGUUAGCCCUGAAUAUUGGCAAAAACGGUGGGAAGAACGUAAAAUUGGAUUUCAUAGAUCUCAUGUCGAUUCAUUAUUGGAAAAACAUCUUGACAAACUAGUGGAUGGCCGGCAGAAUAUCAAGGUUUUCUUUCCUCUGUGUGGAAAAACGUUGGACAUGAAAUGUUUGUGGGAGCAUGGUCACACCGUGGUCGGGGUAGAGGCAGCGCGGCCCGCCCUGGAGGAGUUUUUCGAGGAGCAUUCCAUCAAGUACACGGCCUCAGACCUCCCAGACGGACUGGGAUCAUUGUUGACAAGUGAAGACGGCAGGAUUAAGCUCUACUGCUGUGACCUUUUUAAAUUCAACAGCGACUUAGAGGGGUCGAUGAAUGCGGUUUGGGACCGAGGCUCUCUUGUGGCCAUUAACAGAGAGGACAGGCAGCGCUAUGUGAAACUUAUCACAAGCCUGCUUGCCCCAGACUGCCGUUAUCUAGUGGAGACAUUGGAGUUUGAUGAGACAAAGUUUCCAGGGCCACCAUUUUGUGUCUCCGAACAGCAGUUUUACGACUUAUUUGGUGAGAAAUUUAACAUCAUGAAACUAGACAGAAAGGAUUCAUUGGAAGAAAAACAUCGGUCAUGGGGACUUGAUAGUCUGUACGAAAACUUGUAUUUAACCACUUUGAAAAACUGAGAGAGAGAGAGAGAGAGAGAGAGAGAUAAAUAUGUUGGAAUAAACAGAUCUUCAAUA